AUGUAUUUUUGCCACGGCUGCCAAAACUUCCACACUGGUAUUGGAGCUUCCGAGCAACUGACUCAGUGCCAAGCGUGUCAGUCCCCUUUAAUUGAGAGAGUAUACAGCCAUGGACAAAUGAAUGAACUCUGUGCUUUAUACGGACUGAGACACAUAACGAUUCAUGAGGACAGUGAAGUGGAUGAAAUUUUGCAUCUCCUUCAGUUUUUGCAGUCAGCUGAAGAAAGGGCCGCACGUCACUCGAGUGCCACAAAUAACGCCAUUGUUGAAGAGCUCAUGCGCACAUUUGUUAGUGCUGCCGAGGAAUCGCGAUCCGAACCACCAGAAGCAAUGGGCCCUUUUUCAUGCCGCAUUUGCCUCGAUUCGGACGAUUUGGAUGAUAUUCAAGUGGCACAACUGCCGUGUCAGCACCGUUAUCACGCAAACUGCAUUCGGUCAUGGCUGCAGAAAAGUUUAGUUUGUCCCUUAUGUCGUGCCUCAGUCCUCCCUGCAUCCACAGCAGACACGAACACCACAGCAUAG